AUGACUAUCUCCGAGAUGACCAUCCCUGAGAUGCAGUGGGCACAAGUGGCCGAGAAGGUCGGAGGGCCGCUUGUGUAUAAGCAGAUCUCUGUACCCAAACCAGGUCCUGAUCAGAUCUUGGUGAAGAUUCGCUACUCUGGUGUUUGUCACACCGAUCUACAUGCGAUGAUGGGCCACUGGCCUAUCCCAGUCAAGUUCCCCCUGGUUGGUGGACAUGAAGGCGCUGGUGUAGUUGUGGCUAAGGGUCCUUUGGUUACUGGAUUUGAAAUCGGCGACCACGCUGGCAUUAAGUGGAUCAAUGGAUCUUGUUCUGAAUGCGAGUUCUGUCGCCAAUCGGAUGACCCCCUGUGUGCCAAUGCGCAGCUUUCGGGGUAUACUGUUGACGGCACAUUCCAGCAAUAUGCUGUUGGCAAAGCUACCCACGCCUCGAAUAUUCCAAAGAAUGUUCCUCUUGACGCAGCCGCCCCUGUUCUUUGCGCUGGUAUCACUGUUUAUAAGGGGUUGAAAGAAUCUGGAGUCCGGCCCGGUCAGACCGUGGCUAUUGUUGGAGCUGGUGGUGGCCUCGGCUCCCUUGCGCAGCAGUAUGCCAAGGCUAUGGGUAUCAGGGUAAUUGCUGUUGACGGGGGUGAUGAGAAGAAGGCCAUGUGCGAACAGCUUGGCACUGAGACUUACGUUGAUUUCAUGAAGUCGAAAGACUUGGUGGCUGACGUGAAAGCGGCCACGCCUGAUGGUCUUGGAGCGCAUGCCGUUAUUUUGUUGGCAGUGUCUGAAAAGCCCUUCCAGCAGGCCACGGAAUAUGUUCGCUCUCGAGGAACAAUCAUCGCCAUCGGUCUGCCCCCGGACGCGUUCCUCAAAGCCCCGGUUCUGAACACAGUGGUCCGGAUGAUUAGUAUCAAGGGCAGUUACGUUGGAAACCGACAGGAUGGUGUUGAGGCUCUCGAUUUCUUUGCCAGGGGCCUAAUCAAAGCGCCGUUCAAACUCGCUCCCUUGGAGGACCUUCCGAAGAUCUUUGAUCUCAUGGAGCAAGGAAAAAUCGCCGGUCGCUAUGUGCUUGAGAUGCCGGAGUAG